GGCGCUGUUCUGUUAAAACUUAAAACGAAAGGUUGAAUCGAAUUGGAUCGGAAUUGAAUCGAAUCCAAUCUCAGGACCAGUCCCGAUGGGGUGGAAGAAGUCAAUGUUGAAUAUUGUAUGUCUUCUUGCUAUGAGCACGUUCUUGGACUUGCUAGGUUACCUCGACCUAUGUCCAGUAUUGCUCUUUCCUAUCGUUUUUGAGAUAUGUAGGAUAUGUAGGUACCUCCGUCCAACCAAGAGGACAAUGUUGAAUAUUUUAUGUCUUAUUGUUGUGGACUCGUGCAUGCACUUCCUAGGUUACUCCAUGCUCUGUCGUUUAUGUGCCGCACUCGUCAUUCUUGAGAUACGUACCAAGAUAUCUACAUACUUCCUUCCAACUAUUACUAUAAUCCUUGCUGGAGCGCUCUUUGUAGUUCUGCGAUCUUUGCCGGUGAUAUUUUUGCCACAACAUACAUUGGAUGGCCGGGAUGGAAUACUGGAUGAACCAUAUGAUAUUUUGGCCCCAAUUAAGGAAUAUUAUGGUUGGGGGAAAAUUACCAUUAUUAGAGACCCAAAUUAUAUCCCUAAUCACAAAUUCGCUGAUCGUGAGGCAGUUCAUAUUCCUAAUCACAAGUUCGCGGACAAUGUUGUGAGAAAUCCGACUAAGAUUUGGAAUUUGCGACGAUACUUUGCUAUCCGUAGCUUCAAUGAUAUCAACAUAAUUAAGGUAUGUUUAGCUGAUUGCCGUGAGGUUUUUGCUAAAAAAACCUCAAGUGGAGCAGCAGACGGUCGUUUUGAAAGCCAUAAGUCCUGGAAAACAAACUCGCAAGGAGGCAAUCCUUUCGGAUCUUCGGAGUGUUGUUAGUCAUCAUAGAGACCCGUUAGCCACACCCAUCCGGACAGUUGAGGAACCUGUAGCAUCUGACUCCAAAAAUGAUGAAAAUUUUGCUGGAACAUCAACCUCUCCACCUGGUGUAAACUUCAAGGAUAAGUCCAAGCCAAAUUCUGAUUCCCAAUGUGCUGUAUCUGAAACUUCGCCUAUUACUUCCCUUGAGUUUGGCAGGGGAGAGACUUCAAAGUAGAUAAUAUCAUUUUCCUAUUUUGUGUCGAUCAUGUAUAUAAGGCUGUCCUUGAGUUGGUUGUUAUUAAUCAAA